AAUAUCCAUAUCCAUAUGGACUCAGAAUAUAGUUGGAAGAGCUUGAUCGAGUGGGGGAACAAAUGGCAGCGCAGCGGCUGGAGGACCACCGGUGGCCAGCCAGUGCAGAACAAGGAUUUGAUCCUGAAGGGCCGGAGCUUGAUUAAGAAAUUGCAGGAGGCUGUGGAGUUCACACAUGUCCGCGGUCACCAGGGAAUCGAGGGAAACGAGCAGGCCGACCGGUUGGCUAUUCUUGGUGCGCAACAGCACUAUUUCGGGGAUUUUCAAAAGGAGGAAUUUUCCUGCGCGGUUUUCUCAAUGCAGUAG